AUGAAUAUUUGGGCAGACGAGGCUACCGAGGAGCGAGGCGAGAAUGCCCGACUAUCAUCGUUCGUUGGAGCGAUGGCGCUGGGCGAUUUGGUCAAGUCGACGCUCGGACCGAAGGGGAUGAACAAGAUUCUCCAAUCAGCGAGCAAUGGCUCCAUCACAGUGACCAACGACGGCGCUACCAUCCUCAAAUCCAUCCACCUCGACAACCCCGCCGCCAAGAUCCUCGUCAAUAUCUCCAAAGUCCAAGACGAUGAAGUCGGGGACGGAACCACAUCCGUCUGCGUCCUCGCGUCCGAGCUGCUCAGGGAGGCCGAGAAGCUCGUCACUGUCAACCACAUCCACCCGCAGACCGUCGUGGAGGGGUACCGAAUCGCCUCGCGCGCGGCCUUGUCGGCGCUGGAAGGCUCGGCGAUUGAUCAUGGCAAGGAUGAGGUCGCAUUCCGCCAAGACCUGUUCAAUAUCGCUCGGACGACGCUCAGUAGUAAAGUGCUGUCGCAGGACAAGGAGUACUUUGCGAAUCUGGCGGUGGAUGCUGUAUUGAGGCUGAAGGGGUCGACGGAUCUGGAACAUAUCCAGAUUAUCAAGAAGGUCGGUGGGAAGUUGACGGAUUCAUAUUUGGACGAGGGCUUCAUCCUGGACAAGCAGAUUGCUACCAAUAGCCCCAAACGGAUAGAGAAUGCCAAGAUCCUGAUUGCCAACACCUCCAUGGACACCGACAAGAUCAAGAUCUUCGGCGCUCGCGUCAGGGUAGAUGGGACGAGCAAGCUCGCCGAGCUCGAACGGGCCGAGAAGGAAAAGAUGAAGGCUAAAGUCGCUGCUAUCGCCGCUCACGGCAUCACCUGCUUUGUCAACCGUCAACUCAUCUACAACUACCCCGAAUCGCUCCUUGCCGAACAGGGGAUCAUGUCGAUCGAGCACGCCGACUUUGAGGGUGUCGAGCGGUUGGCACUCGUCACGGGCGGAGAGAUUGCCUCGACCUUCGAUGCCCCGGAUAAGGUCAAGGUCGGGCGAUGUGAUGUCAUCGAGGAGAUCAUGAUUGGGGAGGACAAGCUCAUCAAAUUCUCCGGUGUCGCCGCUGGUCAAGCAUGUACCGUCGUCCUCCGAGGCGGAACCACCCAGAUGGUCGAAGAGGCCGAACGAUCCCUCCAUGACGCUCUCUCGGUCCUUUCGCAAACCGUCAAGGAGACCCGCGUGACUCUCGGCGGAGGGUGCGCAGAGAUGCUCAUGAGCGUAGCGGUCGACGAGGCGGCCCGGACCGUCACUGGCAAGAAGGCGCUGGCGGUAGAGGGGUUCGCGAGAGCUUUGAGGCAGAUCCCGACUAUUUUGGCGGAUAAUGGAGGGUUUGAUUCUGGAGAGUUGGUGGCUAAGCUCCGGGCGAAGCACUAUGAGGGUAUGAAGGAGGCCGGACUCGAUAUGGAUAUUGGAGAGGUCGCGAGCAUGAAGGAGCUAGGCGUGACCGAGUCGUUCAAGCUCAAGCGACAAGUCGUGGUGUCCGCGAGCGAGGCGGCCGAGAUGAUCUUGCGUGUUGACAACAUCCUCCGCAGUACCCCGAGAAGGAGGGAAGGACAGUAG